AAAUCCAUUGUAUAGGCCGUAUCACGGUUAUUAUCCCCCUUGUGUACCGCCAGAGGGCAGUACGUCUCGCAUUACUUCCGGAUAGUUCAGUAAACAAUGGCGGACCGUAGCAACAGUAUAAACAAAGAGAAUGAAGACGUGAACCUGCAGACAAUUGAUCGGCUUACUGUUCAAGAAUUGAAGAGUUUUUUGCGCCAGCAUGACCAGCCAGUUAGUGGACGAUCAGCUGAAUUAAAGGAACGUGCGAAAGGUGUGUUGAACCUUGGUAUCAGACGGAAAGAUAUACUACAGCGGGAAGAUGAAAGACAAUCCACUCUCUACCAAGCCCGUAAGUUCGUGUCCCCUCUUGGCGAAAUUUUACCCCACCCAUCCACAUUGAAGAACUGGACCGACAAUGUUAGGCAGAUACCUAUGUUUCUAGAAGAUGCCUUAUAUAAUUACCUUGUUCUGAACAGACAGCGGACGUUUGAUAAUGCUCCAAUGGGUGCUGUUAAACAACUUAAAGCAAAGGUCUUCUAUGAAGAUAGUCAUGUUCACCACAUACGAUACAGCCCUAUCACAGACCUCUGUUCUCACUGCUAUGUAUCAUGUAAAGUGGUACCAUCCAUGCCAACGGCAGAUGUGAACAAGUCUCCUGACUACAGUGUUUGGAUAUGUAUAUCGAAACAGACUGGACAAGUGCAUGCAGCUGAUUGUAACUGUCCUGCAGGAAAUGGAGAAUCGUGCAACCAUGUGGCAGGUCUUCUGUAUGGCUUAGUUGACAUCACAGAGAAAAAGCAGUCUGGGGAAUUAGCGCCAACCGCUGAACCCUGUAAAUGGAGCCAGCCAAGAAAGAGGAAAUUGUCCCCCAAAAAGGCAGAACAGAUGAAAUUUCGAAAAUGCACAAAUACUGGUAAUGCUGAUAAAUCAGACUACACAUCAUUCCGACCAUCUGGAGUUCAGCCACCAUUGGAUAGGGAUUCAUUCCUAGCAGAGAUGAAGGAAGUCUUGCCAAAUGCAGGGUACAUGAAGCUGUUUCCAAAACAGAAAGCUCCAGAACAUGUCUUACAAGAGUGUUGUUUACCAGAACCAAAAUUUAAUUUUCAUGAUAGUGUGGACUUGUCUUCAAGUGCUUGUCAGAUUGAGUUUGAUAACUAUGUACAGGAUUUGAUAGACAAUAGUGCAUUUACAGAUACUAUUGAGGGAUUGACCAAAGGACAGAGUACAAAUGAUGUCUGGCUGAAAGCAAGAAUAGGGCGGAUCACAGCAUCGCGUUUCGGGGUAGUGUGUCGCAGGAAACAAGAUGUAAAUCCAAACAGUCUGGUAAAAUCUGUAAUGGGUUAUUACUCUGAUAAAACCAACGAUGGAAUGGAAUGGGGGAUUAAUCAUGAAAGAACAGCCAAUCUGGAAUAUAUUCAGAAGAUGAGAAGCAAUGGUCAUAGCUCAAUAACUGUGCAAGAGAGUGGACUGUGUGUUAUGGUAGAUCAUCCAUAUAUAGGUGCUAGUCCUGAUGGUUUUGUUUCAUGUGGUGACUGUGAAGACAGUGAAGGACUUCUGGAAAUCAAAUGUCCUUUCAAAUAUCGAGACUUUUCUCCAAAACAUGCUGCUACACAUAAAGAUUUCUGUUGUGUCCCCAACAUGAAUGGCCAAUUAACAUUGAAGAAGUCCCACCCAUUUUUUUAUCAGGUACAAGGGCAGAUGGCAGUGACCAAAAGAAAGUGGUGCGACUUCGUGAUUUGGACACGGAAGGGAAUCUCCAUUGAAAGGAUUUCUUUUGAUCUUCCUUUGUGGAAAGAAGAGCUAUUGCCAAAACUUUCAACCUUUUUCAGAGACUAUAUAGUGCCAGAAAUCUUUAGUCGCAGACUUCAACGCAAAAUGUAAUUAAUUGAAACUGUGCUACAAUUACUUAAUUUUGGACAUCUUUCACUUGUCAUGGUGUUAUAAUGUGAACAUCAAUUCGUCAUUGUAUAUGAUCAGUGUUCUCCCUAUGCUGUCAUAUAAUAACAUUGUGCAAUCAACCUUAUCCAAGAUCCCGCAAUACUACCUUGUAUAUAAUGUUUAUGUUUACCUGAGGCUGAGUGAUGGAAAAUUUUAAUUUCAGUGAUGAAUCAGAAUCAGUUGAAAUUUAAUCAUGAAGUGAUGAUCAGAUGUAAAGUAGUUAUAACUAGUAAGUGUCAACUAUAUAAUAAUUUUGUACACGAUACAAUCAAGAUUCUGUAAAAACUAUCAUCUAUUAGUAUUAAGUUUUUUUUUGUACUGACAAUAGUGGCAUUAAUUUGUACUAUUGCUGUUUCUUCUGAACUUGGUGCCUUUUUCUGAUUUGUACAACAUUGCAAUACUUAUGACAUAUAUGUAUGUAUCACAAUCACUUUGACAUCAAUAUGUGAUUACCUUUUCAUAAGAGCUCAAUUUAAUUUAAUUUAUCAUAGGGAGGCUCUUUGCAUUGAUUGUACCAACAUUGUGUUUACAUAUGAACUUCAAAAGUCAUGAAAUGAAAACAAUAAAAGCAAAAUGUUUUCUUUAAACUGAA